AUGCACCCCCGUCCGCAGCUCUGGCUGGCCGUGUGCCGCCCUGUGCCUCAUCGAGCAGGGCUGGCUCGAUGGCGACGGGCGUACACAGCAUCGGCCGACGCCGCGUUGGACGUGACGGCCCAGGUCGAGGCCGUGACCAGACGUCCGGCCAAGUUCAUAGCUGACUACCUCACGCCGAUGCGAGCCCAUCUGCUUACGACGACGCUUUCCGACCUUCUCGUCCCUGCGUGCGAAAGUGCGUCAAAGGAGAAGCGGAAUUGCACGUCGUCGUCCUCGAUAUCGGCCGUCGUGCAGCAACCGGCGCCCUCGCUCCCCCAGGGCCACCAUCUCGUCUACUUCCCUCUGCAGACGGCGCCGUCGGCGCUUGCCCCCGAUGGUGCCGACGCCGAUCACGGGCCCGGCGAUCCAUUUGUGCGUCGCAUGUGGGCUGGUGGCGAGGUCGUCUUCGCUCCCGGCGCCCACGAAUCACUGCUGCUCGAUGGGAGAGCCGUCAGCUGCGAGGAGUCCAUCGAGCGGACGCGUAUCCGCGGCGGCCCUGGGGCAGAAAAAGUUUUUGUCGAUGUUCGCCGUCGCUAUGGCCUCGGCCACGACCGUGACGCGAUGCAGACUCUAGUCGACGAGACUCGUACGCUCGUCUUCAUGAGGACCGAACCGCCGUCACCGCAAGGGCAAACGCCGCCAACCCGUCGCCCCAUUCAAUACCCGAGCUCUCCUAGCUACGCGGCUCGCAUCACACCUCGCCCGGCGCACCUAUUCCACUUCUCGGCGCUGACGUUCAAUGCCCACGCCAUCCACCUCGACCGGCAGUACGCCAUGGGUACCGACGGCCAUCGGGGCCUUCUGGUCCACGGGCCGCUCACCCUCGCGCUCAUGCUUCGUGUGCUCGCCGACUACGCCGGCCCUGCCGCCGGUCGCGUCGCACGCAUCGCCUACCGCAACUACGCGCCCCUUUACGUCGAUGACGAAAUGCGCGUCUGCGUACGGAGACAACAGGACCGCCCCGCUAUCUGGGAUGUCUGGGUCGAGGGGCCCGGCGGGGGGUUGGCCGUCAAGGGCACCGCCGAGAUGGCGUCGCUCUGA